UGCGUAAACAACGUUGAAUCCCGUUUUAAUUUUAAAAUAUUAUUUCUAACUUUAUUUAUUUAAGUUAAACCAUAAAAAUAACAAGUAAUGUCAGGUACAAGUGGCUCAGGGGGCGGUGUUGUUCGUAAUAGUGCGUUAGCGUUCGUUGCGCCUGCGCAAGCGACGAUGAAUCCUGAUGCUGCCACAUUACAAGGGCAACAAACUGAUGAGUUGAAUCAAACAGAGCGCCUCAUGCCUCCGGGAUUGAAAGCUCUGUAUGAUGUUUGCUCCAAAGUAUAUCCAGAUCAGCCUAAUCCUCUUCAAGUCACCACAAGACUUAAGUAUUGGCUCGGAGGUCAAGACCCAUUGGACUAUAUUAGUAUGUACUGGAAUGCCGGCAAACCUGAUGAGAACAUACCGCCACACUGGCAUUAUGUUAGUUUCGGACUAUCAGACCUCCAUGGAGACGGUCGGGUGCACCCUGAGCCAGAUCCCGUGGAAUGCUGCUCAGGGUAUGGUCUGGAGCUGACUUUCAGACUCGAAUCUCAAGAGAGAGAACCUCCUCUUUGGCCGGCCACAUUACUACAGGCAUUAGCGAGAUAUAUUUUCACAACAGGUAACAAAUUCAUGGCUGGUGACCACGUGUCGUGGCACGCGCCACUAGACGGCGGGCGCAGUCGACUGCGACACUUGCUGGUAGCAGAGGACCCUCGUCUGCCACAAGCUCACACUCCCCAUGGAACUGUUACCUUCCUUCAGAUGGUGGGCUGUACCAGUAGAGAGUUGCGAGCGGCGCAGCGAGGGUCUGGCUUCGAAGUCUUAAAAAUGAUUAGCGAAGAUCCAAAGUGCGGCGGCGCGUGGCUGGUGUCGCGCGCGGGGCGGCGCGUGUCGGCGCGCGGCGCGGGCGCGGGGCGGGCGCGCGCGGCGCACCUGGCCGGCGUGUCGGCGCGCGUGCGCUGGCUGCGGCGCCAGCAGAGUCCAGAAGAACAGGCCAGUCAAUUAUCUCCGAUCUUGGAGCAACAGAUCAAAGAUACUCUCCAGAGGGGCCUGAGCUGUAUGAGUGACAGGGGAGCGGAAGGUCACAACAUGUCAAUAGACAGCUUCGAGAUGACCAGCAUCGAGCGAGCGUUACCACAGUUACCAGAAAUAAUGCAGGGUUCAUGGCGGAGUGACGAUGAAGUUGAAUACUUAGACGGCGUCCACGUUAUGUUAAACGCUGAAGGCGCGAGUUUGUUGCCGCUGGCUAUCGAUGGUCGAGUUUUACACUCUCAUCACUUCACGUGGAGGCAAGGCCCUCGUGCUGUCACCGUUCUGCCACCUACUGUGGUAGGGGCCUUCGUCACGCCGGAGAAGCCUUACGCAACUAAAGGAGCCUGGCUUCAGAUCUUAAUUCCGCCGGAUUUAGCACAGGAGAUGUCAAAACAAGUCUCCAAUCUCUCUCGCCUUGCAGAGAGUGACUCAGAGGAAAGUGACUCAAGUACUGAAAAGCCUCCGAAACCGAGUCUACCAAUCACAUUGAACUGGCCGAGAUAUAGACUCAGCUUGUCCGUUUUAGACGAUAUGGAGAUAUUGUAAUUUUAUUAUAUUUUUAAUUAUAAAAUAAGAUUUUUAUAAAUUACCUCUAACUGUUUUUUUAUAAAUUAUCUGUUUUGAUGUCGUUUUGACACAUAUGAUGACGUUCAACUCAACUUGUCAUAUGUCACUUGUGGAACGUACCUCGUUAAAUAAAACUGGGUUUAAUUCUACUAAAUUAUAGCAUUAGCAUUUUUAGCAUUAGCAGCCUGUCAAUUUUCCCACUGCUGGGCUAAAGGC